AUGGGAGGGGGCCUGCCCCCAAAUACCACCCAGGGCUCCCCACCACCCAAUGUGAUCUGGCUGAAAGAUGGCAUCCCUACCAAGGGCCGGGAAGUUAUCACCAAGAGCAAAAACCGCUCCCAGUUCCUCAUCAACAGCACCAAGUGUUCUGACUCAGGGGUGUACCGCAUUGAGCUCCAGAAUGUGUCUGGAGAGGUGUAUCACGACUUCCACAUGCGUGUGGCAGAUUUUCCGCGGCCACCCACAAACCUACAGCUGUUUGAGGAGGUCACCAACACGGUGACUCUGACCUGGAACCACAGCUCCGACUUGCAGGAGGGCGGCGAGGUCCACUACGCCAUAGUGGAGCGGGAUGCCAGUACAGCCACCUGGUCCACGGCGGCCGACCGCGUUCUCAGCAACAAGUACGCGGUGAACCACUCGCCUCGCUCCCCGCAGGCAGUGCUUCUUCCGAGUGCUGGCCCAGAACGAAGCGUCGAGGACCUGAGCGCCAAGCUGAAGCCGUACCAGCAGAAGGACUGGCGCCACGUGCCGCGCUUCCUGACCCUGCUCAAGCCGCACACGGUGCUGCGUGGCCAGGACUGCACCGUGACCCGCGCCUUCCUGGGGAACCCGCGGCCCACCGUCACCCUCUGCAAGGGCCACGUCAACAUCACGGCCAACUCCAAGUUCUGGUACAACCCCACUAGCGGUGUGUGCACCAUCGUCGUCCCCACCUGCACGCUCAAAGACAGCGGCGAGUACAGCGUGCUGGUGGAGAACAGCUGGGCAAGGACGGCGGCAGCUCCAAGCCCACCGUCCACGGUGAGGGCGCCGAGCCCGGCUCCGGCAGGCCUGGAGGUGGUGGGCGCCCGGGCUGAGUCCUGCCUGGUGCGGAGGCGCAAAAUGGCAGUCUUGGGGGGUUGA